UGAUUUCAGCAGAUGAAGCUGCGACGCAGUUGGAGCAGCUGAUUCAAAGAUGGUGGGUGUUUCUGGUUCAUGUCUCUGAAUGACUGAAGUCCAGAAGAUGGAUGAUUGUGUGGAGGAAGAGGAGGAGAGACCAGAGUCUCCAGGAUCCAUCAGUGUCUCUAUGAAGAGUGACUGGUCCAAAGAUGAACCUCCAUACUUCAGUGAAGAACCUGGACCUUCAGACACAAAAGGUCGGUACUGCAGUCAGAGACCAGAGUCUCCAGGAUCCAUCUGUCCGUCUAUGAAGAGUGACCGGUCCAUCGAACUCCCUUUAGAGUUCAGUAAAGAACCCGGACCUUCAGACACAAGGUUCUUCAGAAAGAGCUCAUACCAGUCGGCUUCAUCGGAAAAUCUGGGAUCCAGAGCAAGCUCUCCACAAGCAGAUGCUGGUCUGCAGCAGGUCCUAGAUGAACAUAAGACCAGUCUGAGGAGCAGAUGUGAACAUGUGACUGAAGGAACUGAUGAACCAGGAAGUAGAACCCCCCUCAACAGGAUCUACACGGAGCUCUUCAUCACAGAGGGACUGAGUGAAGAGGUUGAUACCCAACAUGAGGUGAGGCAGCUGGAGACAGCUUCCAGGAUGAAGAGCCUCCAUGACGCUCCAAUCAGGUGCCAGGACAUCUUUAAAGCCUUACCUGACCAACGUGGAGACAUCAGAGUGGUUCUGACCAACGGCGUCGCUGGCGCUGGGAAAACCUUCUCUGUUCAGAAGUUCUCUCUGGACUGGGCCGAGGGCUGGGAGAACCAAGACGUCACCGUGGUGAUUCUGCUCUCGUUCAGGGAGCUGCACCUGAUCGGAGAUGAGCAGCUCAGUCUUCUCAGGCUGAUCCAGGUUUUCCAUCCAUCGUUCCAGAAGCUCACAGCAGAGCAGCUGGCUGCCGGGAAACCGUUGUUCAUCUUUGACGGCCUGGAUGAAAGCAGACGUUCCCUGGACUUCUACAACGGUCCGGUGGUGUCUGACGUCACACAGAGCUCAUCGGUCAACGUGCUGCUGACCAACCUCAUCCAGGGGAACCUGCUUCCCUCAGCUCUCAUCUGGAUCACUUCCAGACCUGCAGCAGCCAAUCAGAUCCCUCACAAACACGUGGACAGGCUGACAGAAGUACGAGGCUUCACCGACGGCCAGAAGGAGGAAUACUUCAGGAGGAGGUUCAGGGAUGAAGAGCGGUCCAGCAGCAUCGUCUCCCACAUGAAGACAUCCAGAACCCUCCACAUCAUGUGUAAACUCCCGGUCUUCUGCUGGAUCACUGCUACAGUUCUGGACCACAUGUUGACCACAAAGCAGAGAGGAGAGCUGCCCAAGACCCUGACUGACAUGUUCUCCCACUUCCUGCUGGUCCAGACCAAGAGGAAGAAGAACAAGUACCAGGAGGGACGUGAGACGAGUCCACAGGAGCUGACGGAGGCUGACAGGGACCUUCUCCUGAAGCUGGGGAGGCUGGCGUUGGAACAUCUGGAGAAAGGAAACAUCAUGUUCUACCAAGAAGACCUGGAGCAGUGUGGUCUUGAUGUCCCAGAGGCCUCGGUGUACUCAGGAGUUUGUACCCAGAUCUUCAGGAGAGAGUGUGAGGUCUUCCAGAAACCCGUCUACUGCUUUGUUCAUCUGAGCAUCCAGGAGUUCCUGGCUGCAGUCUACGUGCUCCACUGUUGGUCCACCAGAAACACAGAUGUGCUGAAGAACUUCCUGGGAGAAGAUUCAGAUGAAUCCAUGGAUAACCUCCUGGGAGGAAACUACAGAUACUCAUCUCUGGAUAAGUUCCUGAAGAGAGUCAUGCAGAAAUCCCUGGAGAGUAAAAAUGGCCACCUGGACCUGUUUGUCCGCUUCCUUCAUGGUCUUUCUGUGGAGUCCAACCAGAGACUGUUAGGCGGUCUGAUGGACCAGACGGAGAACGGCCCAGAAACCAUCCAGAGAGUCAUCAACAACCUGAAGAAGAUGAACACUGACAGUAUCUCUCCCGACAGAAGCAUCAACAUGUUCCAGUGUCUGAUGGAGAUGAACGACCUCUCAGUUCAUCAGCAGAUCCAAGAGUUCCUGAAGUCAGAGAACAGAUCAGAGCAGGAACUCUCUCAGAUCCAGUGUUCAGCUCUGGCCUACAUGCUGCAGAUGUCGGAGGAGGUUCUGGAUGAGUUGGACCUGAGCAAGUACAAGACAACAACAUGGGGUCGACGGAGACUGAUUCCAGCUGUGAGGAACUGCAGAAAGGCUCGAUUUGUUGAGUGUGAACUCUCAGAGACUCACUGUGAAGUUGUUGCGUCCGCUCUGAAGUCUAACCCCUCCCAUCUGACACAACUGGACCUGAGUGAGAACUGGAACAUGCAGGAUUCAGGAGUGAAGGUUCUGUCUGGUGGACUGGAGAGUCCAAACUGUAGACUGGAGACUCUGAGGUUGGAGAACUGCAGGAUGUCAGAGAUCAGAUGUUCUUCUCUGGUCUCAGCUCUGAAGUCCAACCCCUCCCAUCUGAAACUUCUGGACCUGAGUGGGAACAACCUGCAGGAUUCAGGAGUGAAACAUCUGAGUGGAUUUCUGGAGAGUCCAGACUGCAGACUGGAGACUCUGGGAUUGGUGGACUGCAGUUUGUCAGAGAUCAGCUGUUCUUCUCUGGUCUCAGCUCUGAAGUCCAACCCCUCCCAUCUGAAACUUCUGGACCUGAGUGUCAACUACAUCCUGCAGGAUUCAGGAGUGAAACAUCUGUGUGGAUUUCUGGAGAGUCCAGACUGCAGACUGGAGACUCUGAGAUUGAAGGGCUGCAGUUUGUCAGAGAUCAGCUGUUCUUAUCUGGUCUCAGCUCUGAAGUCCAACCCCUCCCAUCUGAAACUUCUGGACCUGAGCUGGAACAACCUGCAGGCUGCAGAUGUGAAGCAGCUUUCUGAUCUGGUGGACAGUCCAGACUACCAGCUGAAGACUCUCAGGUGGAGAGAUGAUGAAAGUGUGUCCUCUACAGCUGGUCAUGAUGAGAGUGUCAAGGACGGAUGUGUCGUGUCCUGAUCGUCCUCAGAGUUGAAGCAGACCGUGAUGAAGAUGAAGAUGAAGAUGUACAUAGUUUCUGAAUUACAGAGUUUUAAAAAACUUCUUAUAUAUUCAUUUAUUUCAUGUUAAGUCAAAAAGUCUUUAUUGUUAUUAUAUUAAUGUUAAAAAAACAGUACAUCAAAAUGUAGCCUUUAAUUUGAACUUGAGUCUCAUUCAACAAGUAAGCAUUUUGUCUAAAGUCUGGAUGAGUUCUAGUUUGGAGGUUCCUACUACUAAUGUAGUGACGGAUAAAUGUCUGCGGAGCUGCUCAGCAAAGCAGCCGUCUCCUCCUCCGAGUCACAUGUCUCCCCCGGUGUUUUCUUUUUAAUUACAUGUUUCUGUUUCAUUCCAAGUUUUCCUUUGGCUGUUGUCGCGUUUUCAGCUUCGUCAGGUUUUUAAAGUUUCUCUCCGCGUCACUGAUGAAGAGAGAGACUGAAGAGAUCCGUGGAAAUAGCAGCAUUUGUUCAUGAAACACAAAACACAAAUGAACUUGACUUGGUCAAUGAAUGUUCCUCAGAGUUUGUUCCAGUAAAUAUUGUAAAUGUUUUCUGGAUAUUAUGAUGAAUUUUAACCAACCUGAUCUCACAAAAAUCUGUGAAAUGGCCACGACCUCUAACCACUAUUUUCCGUGGUAUAUACACGGAAAAUGGUAAAAUUCCGUGUGAGCACCACGGAUAUUGUACCAUGCAAAGUCAAUGGGAUCCGUUGUCGUGAUAUAUACACGGAUUAUGACAUUAUUAUUAUUUAUAUAUUAUUCUUUGUUAUAGUGGCUAAAUUAUGAGUUUUUGUCGCGCAAGGUACAGUUUGUUACUGUCAGUUUGUAAAAGCAUGUUUUUAACGCUGUUUUAGCAGUGUUUUAUUGAGGUUUUAAUGGGAGCACCACGGAUAUUGUACAAUGCGAAUCAAUGGAUACCGUUUUCGUGAUAUAUACACGGAUUAUGGCAUUAUUAUUAUUUAUAUAUUAUUCUUUAUUAUAGUGGCUAAAUUAUGAGUUUUUGUCGCGCAAGGUAUUGUUUGUUACUGUCAGUUUGUAAAAGCAUGUUUUUAAGGCGGUUUUAGCAGUGUUUUAUUGAGGUUUUAAUGGGAACACCACGGAUAUAGUACUAUGCGAAUCCAUAGGAUCUGUGGUCGUGAUAUAUACACGGAUUAUGACAUUAUUAUUAUUUACAUAUUAUUCUUUGUUAUAGUGGCUAAAUUAUGAUGUUUUGUUGCGCAAGGUACCCUUUCUAUUAGGUCAUUCAUGUAGACUCCCUCUGGCCCUGGAUUUGGAAUGUUUUUUGCUAGCUCAGGACCCACAUUUACAAAAAACUGAUUAAAACUGCUUACCACCUCAUCCAUAUUAUAAUUUUCAGUAUCAUUUAUAACAAAGUAUUUAGGUAAAUUGUUCUGUUUAAUAUUAACAAUAUUAUUGUUUAGUAUAUUCCAUAUCCCCUUAAUAUUGUUUUUAAUU